AUGAAUGACUUUGACGAGUGCGGCCCGAGCGCAGCCAGCAUGUACCUGCCCGGCUGCGCCUACUAUGUGGCCCCGUCGGACUUCGCCAGCAAGCCGUCGUUUCUGUCGCAACCGUCGUCCUGCCAGAUGACUUUCCCCUACUCUUCCAACCUAGCGCCGCACGUCCAGCCCGUGCGCGAGGUGGCCUUCCGCGACUACAGCUUGGAGCGCGCCAAGUGGCCGUACCGCGGCGGCGGUGGCGGCGCGGGGGGCGGUGGCGGCGGGGGCGGCCCCGGAGGGGGCAGCGGUGGCGGCGGCAGCGCGGGGGGCUACGCUCCCUACUACGCGGCGGCGGCGGCGGCGGCGGCGGCGGCGGCAGCCGAGGAGGCGGCCAUGCAGCGCGAGCUGCUCCCGCCCGCGGGCCGCCGGCCGGACGUACUCUUCAAGGCGCCGGAGCCGGUGUGCGCCGCGCCGGGGCCGCCCCACGGCCCUGCGGGCGCCGCCUCCAACUUCUACAGCGCCGUGGGCCGCAACGGCAUCCUGCCGCAGGGCUUCGACCAAUUCUACGAGGCCGCGCCCGGGCCCCCGUUCGCCGGGCCGCAGCCCCCUCCGCCGCCCGCGCCGCCGCAGCCCGAGGGUGCAGCGGACAAGGGAGACCCCAAGUCGGGGGCAGGUGGCGGUGGGGACAGCCCCUGCGCCAAGGCGACCCCCACCUCGGAGCCGAAAGGGGCGGCAGAAGGCGGCGGGCGUGACGGCGAGGGGCCCCCGGGGGAGGCGGGGGCUGAGAAGAGCGGCACAGUGACCCCUCAGCGGUCCCGGAAAAAGCGCUGCCCCUACACCAAGUACCAGAUCCGAGAACUGGAACGCGAGUUUUUCUUUAACGUGUACAUAAACAAAGAGAAAAGACUCCAACUCUCUCGGAUGCUCAACCUCACUGACCGGCAAGUCAAAAUCUGGUUCCAGAAUCGCAGGAUGAAGGAAAAGAAACUGAACAGAGACCGUCUGCAGUAUUUCACUGGAAAUCCCUUAUUUUGA